AGGGGGGGCGGAGACGCCGGGGACGGCCCCACCAUGGCCCAGUGGCAGGAGGUCCAGCAGCUGGAGAAAGCCUACCUGGAGCAGGUGCACCAGCUGUACUCGGAGGACCACCUGCCCAUGGAGGUGCGGCAGUACCUGGCUCCCUGGCUCGAAGACCAGAACUGGAGCCGGGCGGCCGAGCCCCCCGCGGCCGAGCCCCACUCUUCCCAGGCCCACAUGCUCUUCCAGACCCUGCUGGCCCUGCUGGACGACCAGUACAGCCGCUUCGGGGCCAGCGAGAACGACUUCGUGCUCAAGCACAACCUGCGCAAAUCCAAGCUCAACCUGCAGGCCAGGUACCAGGAGUGCCCGGAGCAGCUGGCCAAUGUCAUCGCCAACCUGCUGCGGGAGGAGAAGGCCAUUCUGAGCCGGGGGCUCGCGGCCCAGCAGGCCGCAGCUCAGCCGCCAGCCAGUGCCCCCAUGGAGACGGACCGGCAGCAGAAGAUCGAGCGGCGCCUGGCGGAGGCCAAGGCAGCGGUGCAGGAGCUGGAUCGCGAAGUGCGGCACCUGGAGGAGCUGCAGGACACCUUCGACUUCCGCUAUAAGCUGCACCGUAUGGUUGGUGAGGAGCCCGGGCGGGCAGAGAGUGGCAGGGCCAGCGAGCAGCGCCCCAGCCCCGACCUGGCCCGCCAGACGGAGCAGCUGCAGGCCAUGCUGAACAACCUGGACCGGAGCCGCAAGGAUGUGCUGGCCCGGGCGCAGGAGCUGCUGGGCCGCUGCGAGACGCUGCGGGAUUUCCUGCUGGAGGAGCUGGCCGAGUGGAAGGACCGGCAACGGAAGGCCUGCAUCGGGGCAGCCUGCGACGCCAGCCUGAGCCGCCUGGAGACCUGGUUCACGGGGGCGGCCGAGGUGCUUUUCCAGCUCUGGCGCCUCCUGCAGGCCCUGGGUGACCAGCAUGUCAAACUCACCUACCAGCACGACCCGCUGGCGACACAGCGACCCCUGCUGGAGAGCCGGCUGCAGGAGCAGCUCUCCUGCCUCUUGAGGAGUGCCUUUGUGGUGGAAAUCCAGCCCAUCAUGCCGUUCCCCAACCGGAGGCCCCUGGUGCUGAAAACUGGCAGCAAAUUCUCCGUCCGUGCCAGGCUCCUGGUCAAGCUGCAGGAUCGAAGCCAUCGGCUGGAGGUGAAAAUCGUCCUUGACCAGCAUCCCCCCGACGUGAAAGGGUUCCGGAAGUUCAACAUCCUGACGUCCACCAGCAAGACGCUGGUCCAGGACGAUCCGCAGAUGGAGGGGCUGGUCUGCGACUUCCGGCACAUAUCGCUGAAGGACCAGAGGGCCGGGGCCUCAGGCAAAGGCAGCAAAGGUGCCAGCGAGGGCCUGCUGGCCAUCACGGAGGAGCUGCACCUCAUCACGUUCACACUGGACUAUAAGUACCAGGAGCUGGCGCUGGAGCUGCAGACAUCCACCCUGCCUGUGGUGAUCAUCUCCAGCAGCAACCAGUUCUCCAGCGCCUGGGCCUCCGUGCUCUGGUUCAACAUGCUCAGCCCAGACCCCAAGAACCAGCUGUUCUUCUCCGCGCCGCCGGCCGCCUCCUGGGCCCAGCUGGCCGAGGUGCUGAACUGGCAGUUCUCAGCCGCCACCGAGCGCGGGCUGGACAAGGAGCAGCUGCACAUGCUGGCGGAAAAGCUCUUUGGGCCGGAAGCCACCCCUGCCAGCACUCUGACCUGGGCCAAGUUCGCCAAGGACAACCCGCCCUGCUUCUCCUUCUGGACCUGGCUGGACGGGAUCCUGAACCUGAUCCGAGACCACCUGGCCCAGCUCUGGAAGGAUGGGCACAUCAUGGGCUUCGUGAGCCGCAAGCGGGAGCGGCAGCUGCUGAAGAGGAAGCAGAUGGGCACCUUUCUGCUGCGCUUCAGUGAGAGCAGCCGCGAGGGCGGCAUCACCUGCAGCUGGGUGGAGCCCGGGGAGAAAGGUCAGCCCAAGGUCCGGUCUGUGGAGCCCUACACAAAGAUGGAGCUGACGUCGCUGCCGCUGCCUGACAUCAUCCACGACUACCAGCUGGUGGCUGCCGAGAACAUCCCCGAGAACCCCCUCAAGUUCCUGUACCCCGGCACGCCCCGGGACGAGGCCUUCGGGAAGUACUACACCGAGAGGAGGGAAGUGGACCUGCUGGAGCAGAGGAAGUACCUGAACCGGCGCCUGAUCCGAGUGUCCUCCAGGCAGCCGCAUGAGCCGUGGCUUCCAGAGGACAUGGUAGCGGCACCUCCUGCAGCUGAGGGGCUGGCAGCCAAUCACCUGGAGGCGCUGGAGCCGGGGGCCAAUCGACUGGAAGCGCUGGAGCCAGGGGCCAGUCACCUGGAGCCGCUGGAGCUGGGGGCCAAUCACGUGGAGGCGCUGGAGCCGGGGGCCUAUGGGCUGGAGGCACUGGGAUUGGGGGCUUAUGAACUGGAGUCACUGGAGGUGGGGGCCAGUCACCUGGAGGCGCUGGAGCCGGGGGCCUAUGGGCUGGAGGCACUGGGGUUGGGGGCCUAUGGGCUGGAGGCGCUGGAGCCAGGGGCCAAUCACCUGGAGGCGCUGGAGCCGGGGGCCAAUCACCUGGAGGCGCUGGAG